AUGGAUUUGGAUGAUGAAGGGAGGUUAAAAAUUGUCUUCUGGGCAGACCCCCAUAGUAGGGAAGCCUACCAAUACUUUGGUGAUGUGGUCACAUUUGAUACUACAAACUUGAGGAAUAGAUAUGGGAUGCCAUUUGCACCAUUUGUUGGUGUAAACCACCAUGGGCAAUCAAUUCUGUUGGGAGCAGGAUUGAUUACCAGUGAGGAUACAGAGACGUUUGUGUGGUUAUUCCAGACCUGGUUGCAGUGUAUGGGUGGUAUAGCUCUGAAACUUAUUAUCACCGAUCAGGACAGAGCAAUGAAAAAUGUAAUUACUGUUGUCUUUCCAGAAAGUGGACAUCGACUUUGUUUGUGGCAUAUACUGAAAAAAGUACCUGAAAAGCUUUCCUCCUAUGCUUCCUACAAAAGUGGGAUGAAAAAUGCAUUGAUGAAAUGUGUUUAUGACACCCAAAGUGUUGAAGAGUUUGAGAAAUCUUGGGAUCAGUUAAUCACCACUUACAACUUGCAUGAGAAUACCUGGUUGAAAAGUUUAUACAUUGAGCGUGAGCAUUGGGUGCCGGUCUUUUUGAAAGAGUGUUUUUGGGCUAGAAUGAGUACAACGCAGCACAGUGAAAGCAUAAAUGCUUUUUUCGACGGUUAUGUUUAUGCCAAGACAAACUUAAAAAAGUUUGUUGACCAAUUUGAUAGUGCAUUGAAAAAAAAAAUUGAGAAUGAAAAUAGCGCGAACUUCCACUCAUUUAGCGUUACCAUUCCAUGCAUAUCUAGAUCUCCAAUCGAAAAAAGAUUUCAAGAAUUGUACACAAAUGCUAAAUUUAGGAAAGUUCAGCUGCAACUUACCGGCAUUAUCAAUCUGGAUCCAGAGUUACUUAAGAGGAAUGGUGCAAUAAAUACCUAUCUGGUAGAUGAUGAAGUUCAUGUGGAGGAGUUUACUAAGUUGGUUAAGUAUUUUGUGGACUUUAGUCAGGAAGAUGCAUAUGCAAAGUGCUCUUGUGGUUUAUUUCAGAUGAGGGGUAUAUUAUGCAAGCACAUUUUGGCCGUAUUUAAAUGUAAUGGGAUAAAAUCCCUACCAGAGAAGUACAUUUUAGACCGAUGGAGGAAGGACAUUAAAAGGAGAUACACAUUAAUCCAUAGAAGCUAUGAUGCAAGAGAUUAG